GCAGCAGCACUCCCGACAUGGCUUUAGCCGCAAGCAGGACGCUCUUGGCGCUAUUCGUUACGUUUUGCGCACCAGGAGGCGGCUGGGCAGCAGAGAAGUCCCUGCGGUCACAAAAUGGGAAACAGACAUUUGUGGAUAAGGGCCCGAGGGAGAGCUGGGAGCCUUCAAUUCAUCUAGAUGGAAGACCUGUGGAUCGCUUUGUCAUCAGCUCCAACAAACCCACAAGGUCUCACCGCCUCACCAAAGGAAAGGACAGUCGCUCGCACGUACUGGAGGACGUAGACCCUGAAUGGGUUAACCUGGAUGGCUUUGCUGUGUUGGGCGGUGCACCUGUCAGGAACUCAUCAGCAGGUCAAGCCAGGUCUCGACACCCUGCUGCCAGAAAUCCAGCUUUAGUACAGCGGGCCACCAGGGUGAACAGAACAGCCCAGGCUUUGGGCGUGUCUAAUACCCGGACACACAGGCGCGCCCCUCAGUCCUCCUCAGGUCCCAGGCAGCCCGAGAGAGCUUUACCAGGAGCUCCCCCACUGGAGAGGAGAAGGCAACACCACACCAAGCCCCAAUCUGACCAGAGAAACCGAAACACAAAGAGACUAACGUCUGAGUCCGUUCAUGUGGUGUCACUGCAGGCACAGAAAGCCCUGGGCCGGAGCGCACCCGCCGACAGAGCAGCUGCAACCAAAACACUCCCAUCAGAGCCGCCCGAGUACGAGGCCCGGGACAUCAGCGUGAGGGUCAUGUCUCCUCAGUCAGUCCUCAUCUCCUGGGUUGACCCCGCCGUUGAGAUGGGAAAGGUCGGCCCGGAGGAAAUCAGAUCCUACACAAUCAGGUACAGGGAGAAGGGCGAGUCAGCGCGGUGGGAGUACAAAGACAGCAACCAAAGGAGGAUGAUGAUAGACACACUGUCUGCUGACGGCAUGUACGAGUUCUCUGUCAGAAUCACUCAGAGAGAAAACCAUGGAAAGUGGAGCGUCUCCGUCUUUCAAAGGACCCCUGAGUCAGCACCAUCUGGGCCACCGGAGAACUUUGAGGUGAAGCCACUAAGAGGGAAAGGAACUGCUGUCAUAGCAACAUGGGAUCCACCUGAAGAACCCAAUGGGAGGAUACGAGAGUACAUCCUGUCUUAUGCCCCUGCUAUGAAGCCAUUUGGAAUGAAAAGUGUGACACACCGCGGCAGCAGCAGCACAGCCACCUUGGAUGGUCUCACGCCGGGAGAACGGUACAUCUUCAAGAUAAGAGCCACCAACAGGAGGGGGCAGGGACCACAGAGCAAAGUCCUCAGUGUUGUCAUGCCGGGAUCCAGCAGCGCUGCCUCGACGUUCACAAAAUCCAAGGACAGCCGGAGUACUGUCCACGCGCCUUCCAAACAGGAUACUGACCACGAUGAAUCGGAGGUCCAGUCCACAAAGGGGACGGAAGAAAGAACAACCACUCAGCAGCCCCCUCGGCCACGCUCUGCGGCACCUGCCAUCAGGCGCGGGCGCCCACUUUCCCAGUCGCGCUCCUACCACAACGUCUUCUCCUCAGUAAGAGGAUCGGUCAGGAACGCAGUGACCAGAGGGUCGUCCAGAGGGAGAGCUCAAGGUAAAGAAGAUAAGGAUGAGGAAGAAAAGAACAUUGUCACAACAGCAUCUCCGGUUGAGGAGACGACAACCAUGGAGGUUGCACGGGAGAAAAAAGAACCGGAUAACAAUGUUUCCCCUGAAUUUGAAGAUGAAGUGCCUCGGACUACUGAAACUCCCAGCCUCAAAGUUUUGACGCACUCCCCAACGAUACCACAUCCCAAACCUCCUCCUAGGAGACCCAUUAAGAUCCGGGUCCAUAAAAAAACAGAAUCCAAAGCUGCUUCCUCUUCUUCGUCUAAAUCUUUUUCCGCCUCAUCUUCUCCCACCUCCCCGGCUCCCACCUUUUCUUUUGAUCCCUCCGCGUCUCCUACUCCCCCCCCACAAAUCCAAGAGUCGGCCGCAACUAGAAAUGAUUACGUGGCUUUGUCGCAUCCAGAGACUAAAGAAACGUACGAUAAACACAGCACAACACAGACUAAACCCUCCUCUACACUUGUAAAAGACACCAAUUCACAGCAAGCGGAGGGUACAUCUGUUGGAAGAGGUUCGUUUGCCACGGAUCGCACGAAGGGGACCGGCUCUAGAUACGGUUACAGCCGAAAACAUCCUGGAAGUGUGUUUAGAGGGAAUUCAACCCGACUGCUGAACGGUUACAAACCCGCCGUAACCUCACAGUUCAAUUCACCGAGCGGAACUUCAAACCGAGGAUCUUCAAACCGAGGGACUUCAAACCGAGGGACUUCUUCGAACGCGCGGAGCGCCGCAACGUCGCGGUCCGCUUUACAAGACAGGACGCCGCCUGAGCGAGACACAACCCACGGGGAGGGAGGUGACGACAGCAAUCACAAAGGCACAGGCGCAGAAGUAACCAAAAAGCAAGAGCCUACUUCAAGCCCCUCGCAAACCACGGAGGAGGAGAGAGGGGAGGAAGUGGCAAAGAAGGAGAGAAGUAGUGAUAAACCUGUGGUCUCUCGUACAGGCAUCAGCCCGUCGUUUGCUGCCAGAUACCCUUGGCUGGCUCGCCGUUAUCCUGGCAGGUUUGGUUCGACGAAAUCUUCCGCUAAGGCCCCUGUGACCGGGACGUCGUCCUCCGCCGCGGCUGGUCGAUCCGUCUUGAGGGGGACGCCUGGUGGGGCGUCAGGGGCAACAGGUGCUGCAGGAGUGUCCACCAUACAGGACACUAGUGACGAUCUACGAGCUCCUGACUCACUGAAGAAUGGAGUGGGCGCGGCUUUAGUUAAGCCUUCUUUGACCAAUAAAAAUACAGCCUCUAGUGAUGCUAGAAAUCCUACUACCUCAUCCUCUUCAUCGUCUCCCUCUUCGUCAGAAACUUCUUCGACCUCUGAUUCACGUCAUUCCUCGGGGAGACAAACAGCCUCAAAUGAGCCAGUCCCUCAAGAAACCUCUAAUAGUAAUAAGAAUAAUGAUCAAAAUAAGAACUACCUAGAUGGGGAAAAAGGUGGCAAAUAUGAUAAAGUUGCUUCGACGUCAGCUGACCCUAACCUACCCGUUGAGGACAAUGACAGUGUGGAUACAGGAGAAACCUUUUCCAGGAAAAGACCUGUAUUACCAUCUGGAGGCACUCACGCUAAUCGCCGUCCUGGCGCGGGGGGGAACCGGCUUCCCAUCAGAUCAAAACCAGCACAGAACUCGAAGCUGGGCUCUUCGACGUCCGGGUCCUCCUCUUCGUCAUCUGAUUCCUCUUCCUCAAAUUUGCCCCAAGUAGUUUUGACAUCAGAUCGUGACGUCAGUAGCGAUACCACUGUGUCAAAGACAGGGGGAUUAAUUGGAGGAAACUCGCAGGCGACAUCGUCAUCCUCAGCAUCUUCAUCGUCAUCUCGGGGCCAGGGAGGUCGGCCUCGCUAUCCCAUGGUCAGAGGGAAACCAACCAACGGAGGUCAACUCAAGCCUGCAAAUGGAAACGGUAAAAAUGGACGUCCAAACCUGACAGCCACAAGUGACAAGGAUUCCUCCUCCGCUCGGGAAACCAGCAAGGCUGUCGGACAAAGAUUUAUCACAGGACCGGAUGGAACCAAAUGGAUAGUAGACUUGGAGCAGGGGCUUCUGAUGAACCAGGAUGGUCGAGUUCUCCAGGACUCACAGGGCAGGCCCAAGAGAGUGGUGCUCGGAGCAGAUGGACGCACGAUUUUUGACGACAUGGGCAGUCCUCUGUUGAACCAGGAAGGUAUGGCUCUGUUUGGCCACGGCCGAGAUAGCCGGCCGGUGGUCAAUCCCAAAGACAAGGUCCUCAUGUUGGGGGGGAGACCCGUGGUUGGUUUGGACCGUCCUCGCCUCAGCACCACCACCACAGCUCCCACUACCACUACCACAGCUCCCACCACCACAUAUGAUCCCACCACCACUGGCAUGGAGGAGUCUACCGCUGCCCCUCCGUUCCCAACCUGUCCACCUGGAACCUUCUCCAAAACAGAUGAAUAUGGGUAUCCACUGCUGGAUACGGAAGGAAUAUUGGACUGUUAUCCAGAAGAGGAAUCCUCAGGAAUGGAGAUGGACGUCAUGGUUACAGGGACCUUGGUGCCUGACGCUUUAGAUCUUAAGAAAGAUGAGCUCUUGGUCCAGACCACCAUGCAACCCACAACCACCACGACGGAGAUCCCGACUCCGGAGCCAGACACCAGAACGUCCAACCACGGCCCGUCGUCCGAGCUUGACCUCGGCGGGAAGAAGCGAUUCACAGCUCCCUACGUGAACUACAUCCAGAAGGACCCAGCGUCUCCUUGCUCCUUGACGGAGGCUCUGGAGUAUCUCCAGGUCGACGUGUUGGAAAACCUGAUCGAGAAGGACAGCCUGGCAGCCAAUCAGAAUCAGCCCCCCAAACACAAGCCUCAUAACCUCACUGUGGUCGCCAUGGAGGGCUGCCACUCCUUCAUCAUCCUGGACUGGGGUCGCCCACUGAGGGAUGAUAUGGUGUCAGGAUACAUGGUCCACAGCGCUUCAUAUGACGACGUGCUCAACAACAGAUGGUCCUCCAAACCCUCCAGCGGGAGCCACCUGCCUUUGGAGAAUCUCAAACCAAACUCCAGGUACUACUUCAAAGUGCAGGCCAAGAAUGUGUUCGGUUUGGGACCCGUCAGCGACACGCUCACCUACGUCACCGAAUCAGACGACCCUCUUCUCAUUGAAAGACCACCUGGGGGAGAACCAAUCUGGAUCCCCUUUACCUUCAAGUACAACUCGGCCCACAGCAGCUGUAAGGGCAGCCAGUACGUCAAGCGGACGUGGUACAGGAAGUUUGUGGGUGUGGUUUUGUGUAACUCUCUACGAUACAAGAUCUUCAUGGGAGAUGGUCUCAGAGAGCCCUUUUACAGUAUAGGCGAUACGUUUGGCCAGGGAGAAGACCAAUGCCAGUUUGUGGACUCCUACAGGGACGGGAGGACAGGACCAGCAUACCUCUCGAAUAAUCUGCCCUCAGCACAAGGGUAUUUUCGGGCCUACAGACAGCAGCCAGUUUCAUUUGGAGUUAUUGGCCGGCGUACACCCCAUCCCUUCGUGGGCUGGUAUGAAUGCGGGGUGCCCAUCCCUGGGAAGUGGUAGACCAGGCUCUCACCAUCUCUGGUGCUGCCAUCAAAAACAGACUUUUUCCUCACCACUACGACUUCAUAACAGCAUCACACAGAGAAUAUACUACUUUUUAGACAACUCAAUGUAUAUCCUUACAAUGCACUUUUUAAUAUAAAGCAAUCUGUAUAUGAGGGGGAUAAAAGAAGCAUGUGUGCUUUCGCUCAUUGUAACUCUUGUCUUAAAGUGUCCAUGUACUAUUCCCAACUGUCCUGAGGACAGGUCCUAACCCAGUGUUAUUUAUCUCAUCAAUAGUGCACUCACACAGUCAAACCAGUGACAUUGGACCAAAGCACAAGCUGCAAAGCAAACUGUAAGAAUGGGCACUUAAGGUUUGUGUAUAGGUCUGUUUAUUUUUAAUCUCCAGAUAUGAAUUUCAUUUUUUAAUACCUUUUGACAGCUACUUUUGUUGAUUAUUUGUGUUCUUAAACCGUUAUACUGUUUUGUUUUUUUUGCAUCCUCUUGGAAAUCAUCAUAUUUCAUUCAAAGUUACUGUGUAAGGUUUGUAUGUAUACAGACAAAGAAUAAAAGACCAAAUAUUUGCUCAGGAAUUGUGAGAGACUCAAUAAACGGUUCUGGAAACCACAGCAAUCCAAAAACACGAAUAAUAACGUAUUCUCCUGCUGCCACAUUCUUUCUGAGCAGAAGCUUCCAAAGUCGAAACAGAACGCUUUAAUCAACAUAAUGAAAGAUUUUAGUAAGCUUUAAGUCAAAAGUUGAGCAUUGCCUCGCUGCUCCGUCGGCCCCUGGGCCGGGAGCCAACGCUGAGAGACGCCGACGUACUGCGGGGCCCCGCUGGAGGGAAGGGAGACCAGGGAGACCAGGGAGAACCAGGGAGACCAGGGAGAACCAGGGAGACCAGGGAGAACCAGGGAGAACCAGGGAGAACCACAGCCCGGCCCGCACGCAGCCAGCCACGGCUAAAUGACUGCUUUUCAUCUACAGGAACCAGCAACAAAUGAACAGGAAAAAAUGGAUUCAGAUCCUAAUUAAGAUAAAGAAAAACUACACUGUGGAAAUACUAGAUCACUGUCCUGCAGUGAGAAUUAGAUUUUGAAAAGCCAAUGGUGAGUAUUGAACUAAUGAUCGAACUGGUAAAUGUUGCUGAACACACAUAAGAUCUUUCACAAGGAAUGGACUUUCAUUUUCAUGCUGAAAGCCUAUUCUGGUGCUCAGGCUUUAAUGUGAUGUUUGAACACGAAUUAUUGUCCAUCUGUGUGAAAUCACUUACAAAAAAAAGGAAAAGGGAUGACCGUGACUGUGUCAGCACCACAUUAACCAGGUGGAAAACAGAUGGGGCCUUAAUAAAUGGCAAGAUGUCUUAUUUCUAUGUGUUGCCAAUUCAUUAUUACUCCCUACGAUAUUCACAAAAUUAAUUAUAUCUAUUUUCUACCCAUAAUGCACAGUUCUGCCUCAGAGCCAAACCCCACAGAAUGAA